AUGUCUAGACUUGAAAUAUAUUCUCCUGAGGGCCUUCGUGUAGAUGGUCGCCGGUGGAAUGAGCUCCGUCGAUUUGAAUGCUCAAUAAAUACACAUGCUAAUGCAUCCGAUGGCUCAUCUUACUUAGAGCAAGGUAACAACAAGAUCAUUACCUUAGUGAACGGGCCACAAGAACCUAAGCUCCGGUCAAAUAUGAAUGCAACAAAGGCAGUGUUGACCGUUUCUGUCAAUAUCACUCGAUUUUCCAAAACAGAAAGAAGCAAGUCGUCUCAUAAAAACGAAAGACGAGUGCUCGAGAUGCAAACUGCUUUGGUACGCACAUUCGAGAAGAAUAUACUGAUGCAUUUAUACCCUCGCACACAAAUUGACAUUCAAAUUCAUGUUUUACAGCAAGACGGAGGCCUAAUGGGCUCUCUAAUCAAUGGAAUUACAUUGGCUUUGAUAGACGCUGGCAUUGCAAUCUACGACUACAUCAGUGGAGUCUCGAUAGGGCUGUAUGAUACAACUCCACUUUUGGACCUGAAUACUGUCGAAGAAAACGCCAUGAGCAGCGUCACGCUGGGCGUAAUGGGACGAUCGGAGAAGUUAUCACUGCUGCUUGUGGAGGACAAGUUAGCACUCGACCGCAUGGAAAGUGUUCUUGCCAUUGGAAUCGCGGGUGCUCAUUGUACCAGAGACCUUAUGGACAAAGAGCUAAGAAAGCGCGGCGAGAAAAGACUCGCGAACAUUUCAUCAAAUCAAUAA